CCCGGUUAUAAUAGUUUUAUUGUCAGGAAAUCCCAACUACACCCAGGAGGGGAGAGAAACACGUGUCAUAUUGGAAAUCAUUGAUAGAAUUCACCGAGUGCUACUGAACGUAAAAUUCUUAAUAUAUUCGGUAAUAAGGAAGAUUCUACUGAGACGACGCUUCCUCCGGAUAUGGAACUUAUGGAAGUACCUACCAACAAUAGAAGCUCAUUGAAUAUGUUAGAGAAUAUUACAAAUAAAAUUUGGAAAAUCUUGCCUGUGAUCAAUAUACCUCAAAGUUGGGUCCUUACAUAUUGUAUGAAACAUACUGAGAUUACUGAGGAUGUUGAAAAAGCAACUAUGCAAUGCCAAUAUGAUGGUACUGAUUGGGACUGCACAUUUAUCGAAUUGGGUGGAGGACGAGAUGAUUAUAAUAUGGGAAAAAUUGUCUCUUUAUUUCAAACUCUUUCGAAUCGUGAAUUAAGAUUAAAAAUGCUUCAUGCAGCCGAAAUUUGUGGCAAAUUAUGGCAAAAGUAUAAACAAUUUCAGGAUAAUAGAUUAAUUCAAAUGCGAUUGAAUAUUGAUGUGAGUCGAUCAAUAACUUAAAUUAAUUUUUUUUAAAAAUGUACAACUUUCUAUGAUGUUUUUUUUAUCGAAGAUAAAGAAUAGAGAAAAAAGAUCAAAAAAAAAUAAAGAUUUGGCAGAUUCGAAAAUAACACAGAAGAAUUUAAAGAAAAAAAUGGAAAAGAUACAUGAUGAGGAAAUAAAGAAAAAAAGACGAGCAAUUAAAAAAGUGCAAGCUAUUCGACAAAAAUUAACGAACGAGAUUACAGAACUUGAAAAUAAAAGUAUAAAUAGUAA